AUGUUGGAUGGUGACCUCGACCUGUUGCUAUUGCUCAUCGAACACGGUGAAAAGACGGCCAAUUCCACAACUAAUGAUACUUCAACGAGUUCAGCAAUUCUUGGUGACCUUCUGAUAUCUCCCAAUAUUCAUACACCACAUCGACCGGUAGUUACAAUUCGAAAUCUUCCAACAGUAACUACAACUCCAACAGUUACUGUUCCAGGUGCAACAUUAGUAGCCGCAACAGUAACAGAAGAAUCAAAUUUCACUUCCGCAAGCUUAAUUUUGAGUGGUAAUGCGCCAUCAGCUUUUCGACCAAUUAUUCCAUCCACUUCAUCAGAUUCAUUUGUUGUCACAACUCUCAAUUCCCUCAUCUCACCAUCAGAUCAUGAAAAUACCAUUGAUGAAAGAAACCGUCAUCAUCAUCAUCACCAUCAUCAUUAUCAUCAUCAUCACCAUCAACAUCAACAACAACAGAAUGAUGCUACAGUAAAUGGCGAUUAUGGUGAGUGA